AUGGGCGAGGACUUGAUCGUGGGGUAUGCCGACGGCGUCGUGCGCAUUUACGACGCGUGGUCGCGGCAGCUCGUAUCGAGCUACGCGAGACAUGGCACGACGGCGCCUAUCGACGGCGUGCUGGUGAUUCCAGGGGAGGAAGCUGCUGUCCAGAUGGUGAGAGAUGUGGCGAAGAAUGAAAUCGAGGUCUCGUUUGAUAAGGCCGUCGACCCGGACCUGGCCUCCACGUUUCGACCCAGGGUCAACCUGCCGGAGAAGAGCAGCGUGCGAGAGGUGGCCGAGAGCGUCGUUGCUGACGCUGUCAAGUUGGCGUUUGCAGAGGGGGGUGGCGGAGAGCCCGGGAUGUUGGUGCACGUGGAUGGCGCACAGGCACAAGAAAACGGAAACUUGGCGGGCUCGGCUGGCAUGCCCAGUAGUGCCAGUGCUCCUGCUGUCGUCCCGCCGGAGGUGUUGCGGGAACUGGAGGUUUUGAGGAGGCGCAAUAGAGAGCUGGAGGAAGCAGGCCAACGCCUCCUUCAGUUGGUUGAUCCGAAGACGUCGUGAGGGAGGGUAAGGCGUGCCAUGCAUCAAGUGUGGCUACCUACCUAAAUGGUGUAAUAUACAGCACGUACACCCUAGUCGGAGAGAAGAUGACCUGAAGCGAUGGGGUUCGGAUUGGAAUUUGGGAGAAACCAUAUUCUUGCAUGACGGUCCAGCUUUGCAGAUAGAGGGAGGGGAGACGUAUUCCAUUGUGUGUCAUGCGAAGACCUCACGCAACGGGGAAGACUCUACGCCAAAAACCCCCGCGAGGAGCAGCAACUCACCGACGCGGCCGAUCAAUUGUGUAUCUGCAACUGUGUACAUUAGUAGAGCGCAUGCCCGCGAGCGACAAACGGUAUUUUUAUGGUACAGCACAGAGUACAAGAAAACUAUUUGCAGUAGUG